AAGAACGGAGUAAGUUUAAUUUUGUUUUUCGUAGAAGCAAACUGCUGAGCGCAGGUGGGCCGCGCUGAGAACGAAUCCAAAUACUGUACGAAAGGCGAACUGGCGAAGCAGGUCGGGCUUCAUCGGAUACGAAACGUCGUAAACGCCACGCUAUUCGCCGCGACUCUUCUAGCCUCAGUCUGCGCUCGGCCUCCGCACAGUUGAUACGUGUUAGUGACGCCGUGCUGUGACAUAUUUGACAGUUGUUAUCGUGUUCGUGUUAUGUUUUCGUAUCGGAACUAUGGUCUAUCCCCAUGAAGAUGUGGAGUGAUUUCCAGGGCUCGGGCGGCGGGUGCGGCGCCAAACGGCGAGCCGGAUCCCCGUGCGAGGGCGGCGGCAAAGUCGCGCGCUGGGAAGACUCGAUAGCGCGGCUGGAGGCCGUGGCCGCGGGUGCCGGCGGCGGAGAGUGCUGGCGCGGCGAAGACGAGGAGCGGCGCGCAUGCCGCCGGCGCUGGUGCGGCGGCUGGUGCGGCGCGCACGACACUAUCCGCGCCGAGAACGGCAAGUCCUACCUCGAGCUGGGCGGCGCGGCCGCGCGGGCCUGCUGCGACGGCCGGGCCGCAGGCCGAUGUGCCUCGCGCCGUUGCUAUCGCGAAAGACGCCUAAAGAUGAUGAACCUAUGCGCGCUGAAAUUGGCGCGAUUCCGUCAGACGGCGGAUCCCUCGUUACGGCGCUCGGUGCUCGUGUGCAAUACUUUGCGCGGCAUCGAGCGGGAGAUGGAACGCGAGAGCGCCGAGGAGGCGCCUUUCGAACCCGCGGGCGUUGCGGGUGGUGUGACACGCUGCGAGCUGCUGGGAGCGCGAGACCCUGCCGCCGGGCGCGCCACGCCCUUCCCCGCGGCGGCACCGCCCGACCGAGACUCUGGCUAUGGCGACGAGGAACAGCGCAGCAUCGACUGGGGCUCCGUGCUGAGCCUGUCCUCCCGCUCUGCGCUCGACCCCCCCGAGGAGACGUGGCCCGACGACUGGGGCUGGAGCGAGGACAGUUUCGUGCGGCUCCUGGUGCCGACGAGUUAGUGCAGUGCGCGCGGGCCCGACGCGCCCGCGCCCCCUUGAGCGCCUGUGAUAGGGCGGCGGCCGUGCGGUGGCGAGCCGCGCCGAGCUGACCGCCAGCGCGGCGGCGCCCGCCCCGCGACAUCUAGUCGGCGCCGCGCCGCCGCCCGGCGACGCGACGCAACGCAGUCAGUAGUUAGUAUUAUGUAAUUCACUAUGGGAAGGUGCUAGCUUCGGACGAGACGCGGGACUGUAGCGCGAGCCGAGUUAUUUUUGAUAAGUUUAUUUCUUUAAGUGAAUUCAGAACUUCGACCGAGUGACUUAGCCGAGGACGUUUUGUGCUUUAGAUCCGGACUCGUGUUAGAAAUUUUUGUUGAAAUUAUUGCGUACGAUUAGAUAAAUGCUAUAUUUAUUAUGUUAAAAGAGAUGAUACGAUUAUUUGAGAUUAUUUCUGUCUUGAUAUUUUCUGUAACGUUGUGUCGACCGGCGUGACUAUGGGUUGUGUUCUAUGGUCCCCCGUCUGUUGAAUUGUGGACUUACUGAGUUCAAUUACAGCUAUUUAUAGUUUCUUACCAUAGUACUAGUCCACACUUCAUCGGAACGGGGUUCGGAGGGGGAUGUCAGAAUGUGUAUGGACAUGUGCCGCCAUUCGGUAUGAGCGUCAUGACGCCAAGUGCUCUGCAUCAGCUGACUGCAGAUGUGAACAAUUCAGAACAAACUGUAAUUUAUUAAUCGAUAAGUACUUAAGGAAUCGAUGGACUUUCAUUAUUUCCGCAACUGAUAUUUACAUGGCUAGUCGUCAAUUAUAAAGCCUUAAUAUAAUGAAAGUAUCACGACCGCACUCGAUUGGAAUUUGUUAAAUACUGUCAUGGUUGUACUUAAAUCCAGGAAUUGCCAAUACUCAUGCUCUGUCCAAAUAUACGGCCUUCUAAUUGGUUUUAAAAUACAUUAACUAUUAAGUGUAUAUUAUUUUUAUUGUGAAUAUAAUUUUCACAACCCCAACUACAGUGACGUACAGUUCCUAAUACUUAUCGACUAUUAGUGAAAUUAAUUUUCAAUCCACAAUAGAUUAGAGGGCCGUGCACAGGUCAUGGGUUUUACUUGAUUAUAGACUACUUAAUUAACAUAUUGAAGACACCAAAUUAUACCAGAGCCAUUAGGGACGCUUUGUCGAACGCCUUUCUUAUAAUUUCACUUAUACCUAAAGAAAGAAUAUGUCAAAACUAUUUAGCAGAAAACAUUUUGACGUGUUCGUAUAAAGAUAAAUCCUCCUUCACGGCUCGAGUAUAAUAAACAGCGACAACCCGUCGUUCCUACGAGAGAUCUAGUCAAAAUGGUGCUAUUCCAUUAGAAGCCAAGUCUUCUAUGGCGUGGUAAUGAGGCAUUCUUAUAGGAGCUUCGGGUUGGAUGCUCGCGUCAAAUGGGCAUUAGCCGUGGGCAGCAAAACGUUUUUCACAUAUCAAAGCAAAAAAACGAAUUCAUCAGUUUGGUAUAAAGCUCAAAAAAGUACUCCUUACAGUAAUAUCUAAGUAAAUGCUGAUGAAAUCAGUUUUCAGACCAUCGAUUAAGUGAAAACUAAUAUAUAAAUCAAGUAAUUUUUGUAUCAGAUGCGAAAUGAUUUUGUGGCCCACGCGUUAAUCUGUGUGUCAUCAGGAUUUGCGGUCGGAUUUGCUGCGGGAACAUCCAUUUUAGUUCAGUUGACAAUUAUUUUUGUAUAAGUUAUCACUAUGAACUGUUUUCUAACUAUUCCUGUUGUCAAAUGUGAGAGAGACCAUUGGGUUAUCAUAUAGAGAAGUAAUAACUACUAAUAGGCGAUAAUCAUACAAAACAUGACGCUAUCAUUAACUCUUGGUCUCUGUCAACUUGACGGACCUCUGAUGGCACACGCCCAUCGCAUACACGGAAUUGCGACUACAUGGACCAAACAUACAUAGCACGAAGUAAUAGAACAAAGUACAAAUUCAAUAAGUAAGAUGCAUUAGUGCUCCGGCGCAUGUUUGUCCACCGUUGUCAAUUAAUCUAAUAUUUGAAUUGUGAUUCGGUAGCUAAUGAGAGAAAACUAUCUUAAAUUUAGUGUAAAUAUAAAAUUUAUGGAGAUGGGCAUUAUACCGCGGUGAUACGCGGUUGUAAAUAAAUUAUGUAAAUUAAUAAUUAUAUCAUUUAUCACAUAACAGCUCCUGGUCCUUCGAAUUCCGUUUUGUUUAAAUUCAAACCUCAAUCAACUAUAAGAGCUAUUAGCUCUUACAGUUGAUUGCAUGCAUUUGAACAGAUAUUCCUUAUGUCACAAAUAUUGCCAGUACUCAGAUAUAUAGUUAGAAUUCAAAUGAGUUGUGAACUCGAGAUGCACAUAUGUUUAACUGGUUUCCCUUACCUUCCAUAGAUUUUCGUUCAUAUGUCCGUAUGAUUGGUUGUGAUGGUUUACUUAAGUAAGUUAUAGAAAUAAUCUUUAUCACCUUGUACUGAUGAAGUGUCGCACACUCAUUGAUAUUAAAACUGUAAGUACUUAAUACGUAAUUUUUAAUAAGCAGAAACAAAAUUCUAAACUGUAUAAAUCCGUAUCGAUGAAUGUGCGAUACGAAUAAUCCAAUCUGAAUGCUUGCAAUCGUGUACAAAUUCAUUGACUGUCCUGUCAUAGUGUACAGUGUGUAAAAUAUGCAUCGAAAUUUUGUGAACCCUUCUAGUAAUUGUUAUUGAUUUAACUUCGGACGUCUAAGAAUUUAAUUCAAUUUCAUACUGGCAUGAAGCAAUUGUGUUGUGAAGACAGCAAUAAUUAUUGUGCGAGUCAUCCGUCUAGUCGAGGACGUUUCAAAAACGUACCCGGCGGCAUCAUACGUAAACUUUGUAAAAAUCGUGUAAUUUCCUUAGUGUUUUCAUUGCCAUUCGUUACCAAAUAUGACAGGAUUUAUAACUUGUAUAGAACAAUUCGUUAGGCGAUAGCGUACUCAAUUUCGGACACUCGGGCGCACAUCGAAUUGUUAACGUUCCUUAAUAGAGUUCCGAAAUUGUUUCUCUAUAAUCUAACGUAAAGAUAAUGUAAUAUAUUGUUUAAGCUGUUGUGUCGGAAAUAACAAGAACAGGAAUAAUUUUGUGAAACAAUGGCACAAAGAAUGAACAUAAAUAUUAUAUAUAUUAUAGAAACAGAAAUGUGGCUAUAAGAACAAUUUUUAUAAUAAAU